AUGUAUGGGGUGAAGAAGUCUCGCAGCAUGCCAUAUCAUCCAGCUGGAAAUGGCCAGUGCGAACGCUUCAAUCGGACGCUACACAAUUUAUUAUGUACCCUGCCAUCCUCUAGGAAAAGAGAUUGGGUUGCAUGUUUGCCCAUAUUCUGUUACAAUACCACCCCGCAACAAGCCACGGGUGAGUCGCCACAUUUUUUUAUAUUUGGGCAGGAACCACGGUUACCAGUGGACUUCUUGCUUGGUAGGGUGCAGGAACCAGUGGUAGGCAGUGUGCACGAUUGGGUGCAGGAACAUCAAACCAGGUUACAGGUGGCAUUUGAGGGUGCUCGAGAACGGUUGGAGACUGCUGCGAAUAAACGUAAGGUGAAGUAUGAUCAGUGUGUUCCCGAUGCACCGCUUCAGGAAGGGCAGUUGGUAUAUCUGCGUCACUGUGGCCAUAAAGGCCGGCAUAAGAUCCAGGACAUUUGGAGUCCGGUAGUGUAUCAGGUAGUGCGAGCACCGACGGGUGGUGGUGCGGCGUAUUCUAUCGCACCAGUGGAAGAUCUGAGUAAGGUGACCACUGUACAUCGGUCAUUGCUCAAGAGUAGAGUGCAGAAAGAUUCUCCGGGCCGCAUACCCGUGGAGGAGACUGCAGAAUCUCUGGAAGUGUUGUGGUGUGAAGAGGAUGAGAUGGAUUUGGGCGUGAUGCCCGUGCGAGAUCAGAAUGGGCAUAGGAAGACUGAGGUUUUGGUUUUACCAGAGCAAACUCUUCCCCCGUUGGUGCGUGAGUCUUCGGACUCUGUGGUAUCAGAGGCGGAUGCGUCUGAGGUACGCCCUGUAGUUAUAUCUGUUCCUUCACCCUUAGAACAGGCAGAGGUCUCUGCAGUUGUACCAUGACGAACUGGUCGAGUAACGGCGGGUCACCAUUCCAACCUUCAUCCUCUUCCUCGUAUGGUAGGAGCCUCUACAUCCCCUCAGGUAGUGUCUAAUGCUGUAACAGCCAUGUUUAGACCUUGGGAUUAAGUUUAUUUUAUUGUUCGCCGGGUCGGCGACACAAAAAUGGGGGAUAGAUUGUGGUGAGACGCAGUGUUGUGUGUAAUGUCGAGGUUCACGCCCAUUAUUGAUGAGCUCGUGAAUGAACAUGUACAUAAAGGCAUUGCUAAGGACACGGGAGGCUGCGUCAUUUCUCAGCUGACUGAGGGUUCCGCUUUCCGGUGUGUUGCUGCUUUGUGGUAGAGGUAUGUGUUUGGCGUUUGCCUCUGGUUGAUGUAGUUUCGUUUUUAACUGUAUUGUUUGUUCUGGAAGGCAGGUGUCUGUUCGGUGCUCUCCCGGGUUGCAUAGUGCUACUGUUUCCCGUUUUAUGGGGUGGUAUCUCAGCGUGUCUUUGUUUAUCCAUAACGCUGAGUGACUGCUGUCCUACUGCUCGUGUUUAGGCUGUGAGCUGCUAGAUGGGAGACGUAGUUCCUGCAUUCUGGUAGGAAAACCCACUUGUUGUUCCUAUAAUCGGUUUACAGAUAUGUUUAUUUAUUGUAUGUGUUUGCUUUGGAUCUAGAUGUAAACUAGGCAACUAAUGCUCUUUCCAGUGCUGCUUUUUGCUGAGCUCUGUCACUGCAUGGCUUGACGCUUCAACGCUGCUGUUUUGCUUCGCUUGUUUUUUUUGUUUUUUUUCCUUUUGUUUUGUUUAUGUGCCAGCUGGUGGUCGGGGGGGUGCUAUUAUAUCUUAUCUGUUACUAGCAUUCGCUUGGCUACCUUGCUAUUUGCUUUGCUUUCUGGGACUGUGGCUUUACUAACAGCCUUUUUGUGCUAUUAGUGCUGAAUUUUGUUUCUGCAGCACAUUCCAGCGUUCCGUUGAUUCAAGGGGUUUUUCACCUGAUUUGGGUUGGAAUUGCUUCUCCCAGAGCUAAGUGUGUCCAUUUUGUGGUUUUGUAUUUCUUUAUUUUUUCUUGUUAUAUUUGUGUAUUUGAACUUAAGUUUUCUUUUCAUAAUUUGACUUUGUGAUUUUGCUUUUUCCUAUUAUUCCUUUGCUUCAUUUUGAAUAAUUGUAUUUUCUUUUCUCCUUAGGAGCGGGGGGUUCCAGGGUGGGCAGGUUGUUAUCGGGUGCUGUACCUCUCGUACUGAUCAUGUAGUGUUCUUUCUUUUUGCUGUGACGUUCACUAGUGUUAGUGAUUUUUGGUGCACAUUUAUAUUUUUUUGCUGUGGGUCUCUUGGAGGUCCAGCACCCGGCCUGGCCUAUUGCUGGGGAGCCCCAGCUCCUUGAGUUUAUUGGUGUCGUUAUUUUGUGGGCAAACUCAGCGCAUGUUUUGCAAUUUCUAACUGCCAUUUUAAUUGCCAUUUUAUUGUUACUUGGCCAGUUUUUAAGCUCAUGAAUAUUUAAUAAAGUAUAUAUAUUUCCCAAUAAAAAUUGUGCAUUGACA